CUCCGGGGCCGAGCACAGUUGCUGCACCUAGGUGGACUCGCUCUUUCCUCACGGUUUACGCUUGCGCAAGAAACCUUAUGUCGGGGGUGGGGCAGGAUUCAGGGAGAAAAAAGGGUUGGAUCAGGCGGAAGACAACCAUAGAGUUCGGACUUCUCCCGCUCCCAGCGUAGAGCGGCCCCUAGAGUGGUGGGGUGAGCUGCUCGCAGAGGGGGGCUUGUAGGGGCGGGGGUGGGGGUCUUUUUGACUACAGGCCGCCGGCGGGAUCAUGGCGACCAGGAACCCCCGUCCCACAGAACAUGACAGUGAUGAUGACUCUUAUGAAGUACUGGAUUUGACAGAGUAUGCAAGAAGACACCACUGGUGGAAUCGUGUAUUUGGCCACAGUUCUGGACCUAUUGUAGAGAAAUAUUCUGUAGCUACUCAGAUUGUAAUGGGUGGAGUUACUGGAUGGUGUGCAGGAUUUUUGUUCCAGAAAGUUGGAAAACUUGCAGCAACUGCUGUGGGCGGUGGCUUUCUUCUCUUGCAGAUUGCCAGUCACAGUGGCUAUGUGCAAGUUGACUGGAAAAGAGUUGAAAAAGAUGUCAACAAAGCAAAAAGACAGAUUAAAAAAAGAGCAAAUAAAGCUGCACCUGAAAUCAAUACUAUCAUUGAAGAGUCAACAGAAUUUAUCAAACAGAACAUAGUGGUAUCCAGUGGAUUUGUGGGAGGCUUCUUGCUAGGCCUUGCAUCGUAAGGACGUGAAUAUUACUGUCUUGAUGGAUUAAUUACAACAAAAAUAUUGUUGACAGUGUGCUUUCUUACAAAGUAGUGCUGGUCACCAGAUUCUUCUGGAUAAGAAGACUAAAUAGUUGGACAACAAUGAAACUUACACUUUAGGCUUUUGCCUUUUGAAGCUUGGCAAACUAGGAUUUGCUAGAAAAAACAAAACAAAACUGUGCAGUAUAUAUAUAUAUAUCGCAUUUCUGGACAAAACCUGGCUAAACUUUCAUCAUGAUUUUUUAAUCCUGUGCCUGUUCAGAAAUUAGCAUUUUUAAUGUAACUGUUGGUAUAGAUAUGUAAUUGUCUCGGGAAAAGGACCUUUUAUUUGACAUUUUCCUCAUUGAAUUGCUAUUUUUUCUUUAUUUAAUAAAGCAUUCUCCAUUGUGCUGUAGAGUAAAUAGUGCCAAUAAAAUAUGUAUUAUAGUUUGAAUAUCAACAGAUAAGAAAUCUGUUUGCAAUAAACUAGAAUUGUAAUGUACUUUUAUGGAAAGAUUAGAAAUACUUAUUAGAGAUAUUAAAAACUAAUUAAAGACUUUUUUGUUGCUGUUUAGUGCUAUUUUUAAAAGCUUAUUUUAUUUUCCUACAAACACAAUUCACUGGACUGGUCUACUGGUUUUAUAGUAUAAGGAGUUCCCCAGUGAAGAAACUACCUCCCCUAACAUGGGUUGGCAACUUAGCAUCUCAGUGCCUCAAGGCACUUCUCUAAGUGACUUGCCAGGGUCAGAUAGCUCUCUGUACACCAUGCCGUGCUGCCUAUUUGCUUAAAUAAUAGCCAUGCUAAAAUUCUUAGCACAUUUUAAAGUCAUAAUCAUAAAACACAUCUUAUUCUGUGUGUGUGUGUGUGUGUGUGUGUGUAUACAUACACACACACACACACACACACACACACUUUAUCUUGGGAAUACAUUUCCAUUAUUUGUCUAUUGGCUUUGAUAUUUAGGAAGAAAGAAAUUUGUGUUUUGGAAAGUGUCACAGAAAAGUGUCAGACAUGGAAGGAAACUGACCUCAUUUUGACCAUCAUCUCACUUAUUUUACAUAUGUGAAAGAUGAGAAAACUAAGAAACAAGAGAAGGAAUUUGAUUUAUUAAAGCUAGACAGGUGGCAAGUUGCAAAGCCCUACAGUCAGGUAUAGGUCCAUAAGUCCAUUGCUUUUUUUGUUAUGCCUAGUGAAUUAUUUUUUAGUCUUGAAUAUGAUCAGAUGUCUGAGAUACAUUUUUCCCCUCCAUAAAUAUAUCUUAUUUCUUUCUUUGUUUAAAGCAUAUAAUUUUUCUUUAAAACCUCUUAAGUAUUCCUGAGUUGCUCUGGAAACUGGAUUCUGGUUCAGAUUUGGCAUUCUUAUGAAUUUAUAAGGAGAUCCUAUUGGAGAAGUCCAGCAAGAUCUAGAUUCAAGUUCAGCAGUAGCUUCAUCAAGUUCCCCAGCUAUUCAGUUUUCCCAACUCCUGAAGCAUCUUUGCCAAGUAGGUCUACACUUUGUAUUUUGAAGACACUGUGUUUCCAAUAGAAUAGACUAAAUUUCUUCUAUUAAGGAGCAUAAUAGUAUCAAGAAUCCCUACAUGAAGUGGUUCCAGAACUGGAUUUGUAGUAAAACUGUUGAUUAAAGUUUUACCCUUUUGUUUUUCAUUCAAUAGUCUGGAACUCACUUCAGCUAAUCUCUCAUUAGUUCUGCCUAAUGUUUUUUAGACAAUGAUUCUGAUUUUUAAUUUUUCAGAAUAUAGCUUUCCAUAUCUUCCUACUUUUGCCUUAAGAGUCUUGAUAUAAGUUUUUCAUUUUGGAGAGUUCAGCUUCCAGUUCUCAAAUCCAUUUGAUUUCUUAUUGAAGCCUUGUGUUUUUCUUUUAAGUGUUUGAAGUUCUCUUGGGCUGCUGCUUAUGUCCUUCAAUUUUAAAAAAUUAAAAUUUGAAAAAUUUUUAAAAACUCAAUAGUAUAUAUGGUUAUAUCCAUUUAUAAUUUCAAAGGUGAUGAGGUAAAAUAGGCACCAAGAGUAGUAAAUAAACAAAGAUUUGGAAAAGCAAUGAAUUGUAAAAAGAACAAAGGUAUUAUAUGAAAAUAUCGUAAUAAAGAUUCAGUUCAUGACAUUGAAGCACCAUAACAAGCCAACUAUCAUAUAUUAUAAAGUUAUGCUAUUAUGAGAAUUAACAAAGGUUUGAAAGAUAAGUUCCCUGGUGGAAUGCACAAUUAACCAGGAGGAAGGAGCCAUUAGAGUAAAAACACUUGCGAGGUAGAGAAUACCUCAUUGUGGGCUUAGUUCUGGAAAGGAUUCAGUCCAGAUAUUAGAUUGAGAGCUUGGAGGAACCUUAGAGGUCUGGUAGUCUAAAUCAUUUUACAGAUGAAAAAACAGGCUUAGGGACAUUGUGACACAUGGGGCAACUAGAUGUCAGUUCAUAGUCACAUAGGGCCUGGAGUCACAGAGAACUACUGCAACUCUGGUCUCGGCACUAGCCGUGUGACCCUGGGCAAGUCACUUAACCCUUUUUGCCUCAGUUUCCUCAUCUGUAAGAUGAGCUGGAGAAGGAAAUAGCAAACCACUUUAGUAUUUUUGCCAAGAAAAUUUCUCUUGGGGUCACGAAGAGUCAACUAGGACUAAUGAUCCAGCAACAACAAAAAAAGUCCCAUGGGAAGUAGGCAAAAAAACCAAGGUUUGAACUGAGCUCUCUAAUUCCAAUUUCUAAAACUAACUCAGAUUUCUAAAAAUGAGACUAAUUAUUCUAGUCCCCCAUUUCACAAGGAAGUAAGAACAAUUUUUAGUGUUUAAUAAGGAUAGUACUAUUUGAAGAGCAUCACUAGUCUGUAACGGGGUGGGGAGCCUUUUUCCUGCCAAGGGCUAUUUGGAUAGAACUUCAUUUGUGGGCCAUGCAAAAUUAUCAACUCAUAGAACUCAAGCAGUGGGAAGUGGCCGUACCCAGCUUUCAGCUCAUCACUUGUGGAUGCUUUAGCAGAUGUUUUUGUGGGGGCCUUAUGAGGCCUUUGGGUUGAUCUUUCCCCACCCUGGUCUAUAUAAUUGGGAAAUUGUUUGUAGUUUAAACAGAAUUACUUGGUUGAUCUAUUUUGAAAUGUGAAAGUGUGAAAAAUCGCAAAAAUUUCUGACCUUUAUCAUCAGAUUGAACCUUGAGGCAUCCCACUAUUUUCUCAAGGAGAAUGAGGAUAAUAUACUUAAUUGAAAAGAAAAUUCCUUGUGACUUUUCCCUGUUCUAAAAAAAAUGUACUGGUAUGUAUGUAAGGUCUAUAUUAAAAGUGAAGAAAUUUAAAAACAGCAGUACAUAGACAAUAUAUUCAGGCUCAUUUCCCUUUCAAUUUUCAGGUGCUUCUCACAGUGUGUUUCUAGUUGCUAUUGUUUUGCAUUUUGUGUAGCAUAAAAAAAAGGAAUGUGGUUUCUGUGAUCUGAUAGCUGUCAUCAUGAGAAUUACCUUCAUGUUGUUCCUCAAGUUUUUUCAAGUAUGAGGUUAAAUAAACUCUAUACUUAAUUAACCUGAAA